UACAGCAUCCACAAACAUGAAAAAGUAACCAUUCGCACCAUACACGUUGAUGAACGCUAUGAUCAUGAUGUGUGUUUCCCGUGGCUUGAUCUUCCUUCCCAGACACACUUGCAUGAGAAAACCGGAAAUUCUGGUUGUAAAUUGCAGUUCUGCUUUCGUUUUGUGAACACUCCCGUGACUGCCAAGAAGACCCAACUUUUGUCGAGAAUAUAUCACCCCUAUAAAAGGUGUUAAGAGGUGCUGCUUUCGUGAAAAUUACUUGAAAUAAAUGUCUUGGGGUUGCAUGAUGUCUACUUUCCGGUCAAGUUCACUUUUCCUUCAGGCAGGACUGCACUAGGAUCUACAGUAGUUCACUCUGGUUUACUGGCCACCAGGAGGAAUGACUAUACUAUUACUAUAUUGAACGUUUGUUUCUUCUAAAAAUAAAAUCGAAGCUUUCGUGUAAAGAGUGGGCGAUUUAAAAGGCGUGAGUUAUAACACAGGUGUUACUUAUUCCUGCGCUUUAGCGAUGGGUGCCAUCUCCUCAAAUGAAAAUGGCGGAAAAGUAACCCUGCGUGGAUUCCACCAGGCAAAAACGGUGAGAAAAUGUUUGUGGAGUGUUAUAAAUUUGGAGGCCUAGAAAGAAAAUUUUCACUCGCCCUAAGGAAAAUGGCCAGUCAAGGCACAGGUACGGCUUAAUUUCUUACACUUUUAAUACAGGCAGAACGACAACAAACUUCACGGACUAUAUUAAAUUCCGCUUUCCAGUACAUUUAAUGAUGGGAGUGAUUUGUAGAAAAUUUUCCCGCGAGAGUCAAUUAAACAACAAUUGUAAAAUAUUGUUUCACUCCACAGGGGUCGCCCUGGAAGGGGAUACAUUUUCCUGCAUAAACCUGCCAGAGAACAGCGCAUUAAUCCAAUGCUUUACCGCCACCUUAAGUGAUGCGGCAGGCGACCCGGAGAGAACAAAAAAAAUGUACGUGGACUCAUUGGCGCCCGGAACAGUAAGAGCUAUUGUUUUGUUAUGCUAUACGUCGAGUGUCUGUGCUACAACAUCACCGCCUCCAUCAGUCUCUCACCAGCCGGUUUUUAUUCCUACAGAGUCCAUAUUUAAUACCAGGAACUUGUUCCUUUCCUGGCACAAAGAGGUGAAGGCGGGGGCGGCUGUGACCUUUCCCUUGCAAGAGCUCGAUAUAAAAGCCUUUUGUGUGGCCUGCUCGAAGGCCGGCUUCGCCUACAAAAGGAUAAUAGAAAACUUCUCCCGUGGUCUUUGUAUGUGGGUAAGUGGACUGCAAAAGACCUAUUAAUUAAAAUAGAAAUACCCAUUAGUAAAAACAAAAUUAUCAUGCAAUGCACUAUUUGGUCGCCUGAAACUACUUUACUUUUGUAACAGGUCAAAAUGUCUUGCAUAAAAUACAACCUUUUUUUAAUUUUUGGAAGUAGUUCGUCUACCUUUUUAGUGCAGCGAUAAAAUAAGUUGUUUUUUCUAUGUUAUAGAUUAGACAAGUAUGUCUUAAUACUUUAUUCUAAAUGAAUAUAUUCAUUGCCAAAUUACCUAACUCGGCUAUAAUGAUUGCAUUGCACUUGUAAUAAUCGCACCAUUCAUCAAUGAAUAAUCUUAAGAUGGCCAGUGGACUGCAUCGUCUGGAAACAUACAACAGUAACAGGCCAUGUUGUGGGACAACGUGCUUCACAUUUUAAGCCCAAUCCAACUCUUACUGAUUUGCCGGUUUCCUUCAUUUCCAGCAAAUUUCCAAUAGGCACAAAAGCCCAGCUAAGCAGUUCCCUCAGUUGAGGAAAACACUUGGCCGGUUCUUGAGAAAGGAAGUGGGGGAAAUGGAUUCCCACCCCAAAAAGCCAAUGUUUGCUCAAGACUUUGAGCACAUUCUUGAUACCAUUGGCAUCGAAAGUCCAGCAGCAUUGCAACGUAAGUAAAGGAAAUGGCAAUACUGUGAUACAUUAUAUGACACUACCUUUUUGGAAAUAAAUAUUUUUCUUAUUGGCGUGUGUUCAUGAAGAAAGCAAAAGUGUUAAAUUAUGUAUUGUACAAUUGAUGUAUAUUCACCUGACACGAUUAUCAUGUGAUGGUCGAACUUCCUUGUUGAAAUAUCCCACACUUAUUAUGACCUAGAGAGAAAGGAUUCAAAACUCAGCACUGAGAUUUGACAUGGCAUGCAAUACAUGUUCCUUAAAAGGACAUGCAGACGUAAACAUAAAUUCUACAGAUAUGUAAGUUCAAAAAUUUCUGGUAAUGAGUAUGGAAGACUACAAAUAGAGACAGGUAGGAAGCAUUACAUAACUUAUGCCCUCUUUUGUUUUCCAGUAUUGUUCUUUCACAGUUUGUCUGCCCACUGUGGGGCCAGAGCUGGCACUAUCGUGCAGACGUAUUCUACCCCUGAAUAUAGAUAUCUCAGGGACGACAUGGGUUUGGGGGAGUUUCCCCUUUCCCAGGGCAUCAAAGUUGGAGAUGUCAUGUUCAGGUACCCUUGUUAAAUUGUUACUAAUCUGUCAAAAACUAACAAAAUUGGCUACUUUCUGCUUUUGGAGCAUAUCACGUUUUUGGACCUUGAGACUCAGCACUUAUUCAAACUGGGAUUCUACUUGAGAUGAGGAUGCACAUACCAAUUUCCGGCUGUUUUAGUCACUUACAAGUUUCCACUGCAAUGAAGCAACGAAUCAGAAUAAAAUGCACUCAAACGUAAGAACUCCAACGUUUUGUCUGUUCAUCCCAGGAGACCUCAAAAAAGUCUCUAAUAAUACUGAGUUGAGUUUCCAUGCAUAGCCAUAAAGGAAUUUCCAUUUUUAGGGGUAGAAGCACAUCAACAUCGACCUCGACGUCACAACCACCAGAGGGUCAUGGUGUUACCAUGGAGGUUGUUUUUCGCCAUGAGAAACCUGACGCAACCAACAUGUCCCACAAGUAAGGAUUAAUUAUGAUCCUUUGGACAAUAUCAAAGUUUACUUACAGUUAUUAAUGCGAACGGUCUCCAUAAUAUAUGCACCUCCUAAGAUGAGUCAAUCAAAAGGGACCUUUGGAUAAUGUACGUGAGAGAGAGAGAAAGAGAGAGAGGCUGGAUUUAGACAAAAGUUUUAUCAGCUAAAGCAGGGUAACAUUGCAUGAAAUAUGUAUAUGUUUAUCAGUGGAUUCAAGUCAAUAUUAAUAAGUUGUGCAAAAAAUAUAUAUAAUUCUGAAACUAGGUAUUACCCUUUGAUAAAAUAGAUCUAAGCUUGGAUUACAAUGCUACAACAGUACAUUGUUUGCAGGGUCCAUGGAGGAACAAAUUGUCUCGCACACUUAAGCACUCCUACAUCCUAGACAAUAAUUCUGCUUUUGCUCUGUUAGUAGCCACUGGGCCUAUUUUCGGUAGUGUCGUUUGCUAUUACAUUCUUCCCAUUGUUUAAAGACAACUUGAUUUUCAAACCAUAUUUCUAUUUAUGCAUAGUCGAGUCUUUACAUACACAGCCCUAGAAGAUGGAAGUCCAUACUGCCCCGUUGCCUUGGGCUUCUUGCACCUCGCUCGGCGUGGGGUAUUUCUGAAGACUCCCCGUGAGGCCUGGGAAAGGCAAAAUUUUCAACUGCGAGGAGGUGUGGCAGACUGGCCUCUGUUUUGCCAGACGGACAAGUCUACCCACACUCUCAAG